GCUUUUAUACAGAAAAAUCCGUUUGUAAUUGUUUAUCAUUCUAUGACGCAAUUAUUCAAUAAAUUAUACAAUCUUCAAUAAUUAUCAUAUAAAAUUGGAUAUUUUUUGUAUUUUCGUCAAUUUUUUUAUAAAUUUUAAUCUUUGAAAAGCAUUUUUCUUGGUUAUUUUUUGUUUUCUCAUCGAAAUCAUGGUACGUUUAGACGAGGAUGCUUAUUGUUUCAUAUGUAAAACUCGUUUCAUUACGAGUGAAGAAAUCAAAAAACAUUUUAAGAAUGUUCAUCGCAAUUACCAAUCUGAUGAAUACUGUUGUAAAGCUUGUGUUGCUUGUACAUAUGUAAAUUUGCGAAAUCUAAUCAGACAUUUCGUAAAUCAUCAUUGCCAACCGAAUCGAUAUAUAGAAAAUGUUUGUGAUGUCCCUGAUGAGAGUCUGAAUCAAGAUAUAGACUAUAUCAUGCAGUUAGAUAUUGAUCAAGCUAAUGAGUCAAUUGAAAUUGAUCAAGCUAAUGAGUCAAUUGAAAUUGGCCAAAGCGAUGAGCUUCAAUAUGAUGAUGUAAAAGAUGAUGAUCAAAUACUUGACAUUUUAAAGGAACAUUUAUUGAAACAAAUGGUUAAUGUCAUGUCCGAUCUUACGCUAACUAGAAAAAAACAAAACAUGUUUAUUGAUUUGGUAAAAGAUGCAUUGAAAUCUAUUAAUGACUAUCAUAGAACUGCCUUUCAAAAAAUUAUCGAUUUGAAAGAAUAUAAAGAAGAAAAGUUAACUGCUUUCUCUCGUAGCCAUUUUGAUAAUGAAAAUCUUGAUAAAAUUUUUAAAAAUUUUAAAAAUAUGAACAAAAUUCAAUCAAUCAUUGGCCCUUAUCCAAUGCCACGAAAAGUUUUAAUCAGAAACAAACCAGAUCAAUUGAAUAUAAGCUAUAUAAAUAGCGAGCGAGUCAUUUCUACUCGAUAUUUUUUUUAUCAAUAUAUCCCAAUAAUCGAAACAUUGUCUUAUCUGUUACAGAACGAAAAUCUUCGAAAUCUGAUUCAAAAUGAAUCAAAUUAUCAAAUACCGAACGUAUUCUCAAGCUAUCGUGAUGGCCAAAUUUUUUCUAAAUCUGAAUUUUUCAAAUCACAUCCCAAUUGUAUCCGAUUAACAUUAUUUGUAGACGAAGCCGAUCCAUGUUCUGGUUUAGGACCGCGAGCAUCAAAAAACAAAAUAACCACAUUGGCUUUCCAAAUUCAGAAUAUUCCCAAAAAGUAUAAUUCCACUAUGACCACGGUAUUUCCUGUGAUCAUGGCUAAAUAUUCGGAUAUAAAAGAAAAUUAUUGUUCUUUUUUUAUAAAUUUUGCGGAAGAUUUAAAAAAACUUUAUUGUAACGGCCAUUCAAUCAACCUACCGAAUGGAAGCCAAUAUAAAUUUCAUGUAGCGUUAGCAUCCGUGGCAGCUGACACUUUGGCAUUUCACGGUAUCUUCGGGUUAAUGAGCCCAAGCGCAAAACAAUUUUGUCGUAUGUGCCAAAUCGAUAGAGAUGGGUUAAAAAGUACUGACCCAAUGCCUGAGUAUCCAGAAAAGGAUAUGGAUUGGUAUAUACAGGCAACCGAUGCAAUUAAAAAAAGUAGCGAUGAAUGUCCAAUUUUUGGCAUCAAAUAUGAAUCGUUAUUGAAUACUAUUGGUGAAUUCCAUUUAACAAAUAAUUUUACAUUUGAUCCGAUGCACGAUUUGCUGGAAGGUGUUGUUCCUCAAGAACUAUCAUUAGUUCUAGGUGUUUUCUUGAGAAAAAAUUUUUUCACGAUCGAUCAAAUAAAUGGCCUAAUUCAAAAUUUUGAUUAUGGAUUCAGUGAGAAAUCAAAUCGACCUGAACAUAUUUUGAAAGAACGACUAAUAAAACAAAAACGAAUUAAACAAGCUGCAUGUCAAAGUUGGCUUUUAUUACGAGCAUUCCCAUUCAUCUUUACCAAUCGAGGAAAUAUCGAUGAGGAUGAGAAAGAUGAUUUGAUUAUCUACCAAGAAAUGCUUGAUUUGAUAUGUUAUUUGAUCCAAAUCACGCAAUAUUCCUUUUCACCGCGAUUUACGAUAGAUAUGAUCAAUCCAUUCAAAAAUGUGAUAAAAAAGCAUGAUCAUCUGAAGAACAAACUUUUCCCGGGAAAACGAAUAAAUAAAGAUCAUCAUAUUUUUCAUUAUCCAAGAUGUAUCGAACAAUCAGGACCUAUUGUUCUUCACUCUUGUUUAAUCUUCGAAAGGAGAAACGCAUUUAUUUCAAGUCAAAUCAAAGCCACGAAAAACUAUAUCAAUUUACCGAAAUCGAUCGCCGACAGGCAAGCCAUGAAAAUGGCCAUUGACCUCAAUGAUUGGAAUUGGAACGAUCGGUUUGAAUUCAAAACGAAAAAAAUUUUGUUUUCUGAUACUCAAUUUUCCGUACGUGGAUUCAAUUUUGGAUUGAAUGAAAUCGAAAUCGUAAGAAAUUUAAAGUUCAAUGGCAUCCAAUUCAAAAAUAAUUUGUUUAUCGCUAAAAUUGGUCAAGAUUUCAUGUUUUUAUUGAAAUUAUAUGACACAAUGGAUUAUAAUGAUGAGAUGGCCGCGUAUCUUAUCGAAGAAACGGAAAUUUUUCAGAUAUUUAAUCUAAAUCAAUUAUUCGAAGAACAAACUUUCGAUGUCUGGAAAAUUUAUAAUGAUCAUAACAAUUAUAUAUCAGCACGAACAUGUAGAAUUCCUCUUAUUUAA